AUGGACACAAACAAACACGAAGGAGGGACUGAAAGUGUGCCUGUGAGUACCCCUGCAACACAGAUUUCCCAGUUGCAGGCAUUAGCCUCUGAGCUGAAGGCAGGUUUCACAGAAGCAAUGCAAGAGCUGUCACGCAUCCAGCAUGGAGAAUAUGCCCUGGAAGAGAAGGUCAAGAGCUGCCGCUGUGCCAUGGAAGAGAAGGUGGCUGAGAUGAAGAAUUCCCUCAACACGUUCAAGGAGGAGCUCAGCGAUGCAAAGUCAAUGAUUGAAGAAAUCAGUGCCAAGCAGGAGGAAAUGCAACAGAAAAUUGAGCAGCUGCAGCAAGAGAAGCGGCGGGAAUCACGGAAAAUGAAAGCUAAGAGAGCACAGAAGGAUGACCACGGGUCACAGACAGUGCCAACACCUCUCCAGGGCAGCCCGUUUCGAUCCAUCAACCUCCCAGAACCUGUGCUGAUUAAUGAAGAUUUUACAAGUCUUUUACACAACGUGACUUAUGAAAAAGUGUCUGACACCAGGAUCAUGCCCAUGGGAGAAGGAGGUGUGAAAGUCAUAGCAGGCCCAGGAGCAGCCAUAGAGACAGAUGACAGCCUCAAGCCUUCCCUGGCAACAGAGGGACAGUCAAAAAUGCAUCUGCCAUCAACAGUAUGGAAGCAGCCCAAGGACACCAAGGACUGGGGAGAUGAAUACAUUUCCAAAGAGCAACCAGAGAGAGGGAAAGACAUGGGCCAAAGCAGAUACAGCUCAGCAGACAACAUAAUAUGUGAACCCUCUUUGGCUGCCAAAAGGCAGAACAUCGCCUUGGAGCUGCUGGAGUCAGAAAGGAAGUACGUCAUCAACCUUUCCCUAAUCCUGAAGAUCAAGGCCACGCUGCAAGGGCCAGAUGUGAAAAGAAGCACCAAAGAGAGAAGCUUUUUCCCCAACUCUUUGCGGUUCCUGGUGCAGCAGCACGUGGAUUUACUGCACGCUCUCCAGGAGAGAGUCCUGAGCUGGCCACGACAAGGCAUCCUAGGAGACAUCUUCCUGAAGCUGACAAAUGAUGAGAAUAAUUUUCUGGACUACUACGUUGCUUACCUGAGGGACCUGCCAGAAUGCAUCUCUCUGAUCCACGUGGUGAUCCUGAAGGAGGUAGAAGAAGAAAUCAAGUCAGAUCUCUACAUUCUGUUCUUUCAUAUAGUCCAGCGAAUCCCUGAAUACCUUAUUCAUCUACAGAAUGUCCUGAAGUUCACGGAGCAAGAGCACCCUGACUAUUACCUGCUGCUGGUGUGCGUGCAGCGCCUCCGGGUUUUCAUCUCCCACUACAGCCUCCUCUUCCAGUGCAAUGAAGACCUGCUGAUACAGAAGAGGAAAAAGCUGAAGAACCCGACGAUGGAUUUCUCCUCCCUCAGGUCAUCCCUGGUGAAGCUGUACAAAGGUCUCACCUCCCAGUGUACAAGCCAGGAGGUUUCUCCAACACCCAGUGCAGCAUCAAUGCGGGACAGUGGGAUCCACACUGAGGAGGCCAUACAGUCAUUCCCAGCAGCACCUUCCUCUGGCACAACCACCCCGCAUUUGAUGCCGCAGAUGAAGAAACCCCAGCCGACAGUGAUGGAGAACAUCCAGGCUGUAAAGCCCCCUGACUGGGAGAUGGAAAGCAGAAAACACGAGAGGCCAGAGAACAUCCUUGCCUCUUCUCAGCUGACAGAGCAGGAACUCAAGGCCUUGACAGCCCCCUUGCAAUCCAUCCCCGAAAUGGAGUACGAAGCGCCGCCGGCUGACGCGGUGGGGAACACCGAGAGAGCCAUCAGAACCUCUGUGGAACUGCUGCAGGAUGCCAGGAACUUUGCACCAAGCUACGAAGAGUUUGACUACCCUGGGGAGGUUUUCACCAUGCCAGGCCCCUACGAAGAUGACACCUUCCAAAACCUUGCUCUCUUUGAGAACUGCUCCCCGGCCUCUUCUGAGUCCAGCUUGGAUAUUUGCUUCCUUAGGCCUGUGAACUUCACCUCAGAACCGGAGAGGACAGACCAUGCCUUGCAGCCACUGCCUAAGAGCUGCACUCCCGUGAGCAGCAGCACCUACAAGCGUGAGAUGUUCCACAGCAAAGGGAAGCAGCUGAGCAGGUCCCUGAAGGAGCUGCCGCGGAGCGCGGAGGGCGUGAGCACCAGACUCUACAGCACACGGAGCAGCAGUGGGAGCCGUCUGCAGCAGAAGCAGGACAGGAAUGUUCAGCCUCACAUGAUUUCAGCCUCAUCUCGAAGCUCCCAAAGGAGCUACUUCCCCCCACAGAGAGGAGCGGGUGAAAAACCGAGCUUUUUGGAAGAGCUCCAUGCAGAAGACAACACCAGGUUCUGCCAGAAGGAUGACAAUGAGCAAACAUCCUUCAGCGACCACAACCCGCGGCACGAGCCCAAGGGGGGGUUCCGCAGCUCCUUCCGCAAGCUCUUCAAAAAGAAAUAAGCAGCCCCAGGAAAGGCAGGCCACAGCCAAAGCACAGCAGUGCUUCCCCAGGUCCCCGAGGGUGGAGACAGACAGCAAGGCCCCAGCAUCCCCCUGACUAACACAGAGGGUGGAGGGUGGGGGAGAGGAGACUCUCACAACUGCCUUACAAAUGCAUCCUGCUCUUUCUAGCACAGGGCAGGGCCAGGCUUUGGGUUGCAGUGGAGCUCAACCAGCAGGUCCAAUAAGCACAGGAACUUGCUAGCUUUCAUCUCUACCUGACUGAACUUCCCUCAGUUUUGGAAAGCUUUGGCCAAACCCUAAUAUCUUCUCCUCCCCUCCAUCCCCCAAAACUGCUUGAUUUGCCAUACGUCUUUGCUCUUCCAAACUCAAGGCAGGUCUUGUUUGGCCUCAACCACAACAGAAAGGUUACCUUUGCAGCCCUGGCCAGAAGUCUAAAAUUCUCUUCUUUCCUGUACUUUCAAAAAAAAAAACAAAAACCACCAUCAAAGAUGCAUUCCAGGAGGCCAGCUCGCAUUACAAGUGGUUUGAGAAAGUCUAAGAAGCAUCAGCUGAAGCACCGAGCGUUGCACUGCCUAAUCAGCUACAUCCUUUCUUUUGGACUUCCAUCACUCGCCAAAAUCCUAUAUCACCUUCUAUGUGAAUGCUGUUUUCCUGAACUGUGUCCUGCUAUAGGAAUCACUGCUUCUGCUCUCAGAAUCACCCGUGUCUCCAGGCAGGUGAUGCAGGCUGGGCCCAGGGCCUGCCACAAGGGACUCUUCUCCACCUUAUCCCCAGUGUGGAUCAGUGCAGACACUGGUAGUGCCAAACAGUGUCCUGGCUCCUGGUCUGCAGCACACCUGGAAUAUACUUUGCUAACUCUUUGGCCUGACACCCUCACGAGCCCCAUCACGUGCAGCUCUAGAAAUGUUCUCCCAGCUCAAAAUCAAGGCACUAGGGCAGGAAAGCUGAUGGUGCACCGUGUUCAGAGCCAUAGCCCUCCUCCUUGUGCAAGGACAGAUCAACGAGGCUACCCUCCUCACAGCACCUGGAUGUGAGAAACCCUCAGUAACUGAUCUCUGCAGAAGAGUGAGCAGCUCUGCUGUGAUACCUGUGUCACACACUGGCAGUGAGAGCACGCUGGCUCAGUGAGUUACCAGUGCAGUACUGGUGAGCUCUGGUGUCACCUGAAGCAGGGACGUCCUGAGGGCAGUUUCAAAAGCAACUGUGGUUUCAUCAGCUUGUUUUCACAUGCCUGGGACACUGGUCUGUCUAAAGGACAGCUUCACCUUAAAAAGUUGUGAACUGUCUCCAUGGGGCCAACAGCAAUGCCUUGGGGGAAAUACUGUGAGACUGGGGGCUUGGGAGUCCCCACAUCAGUGCAAGGGUGGUUGGUUUUGGGGCCAAGAGAAGAGCACCCACCAUGCUGCAUGGCUCUCCUGGCCGUGGCAGCAGGACAGGGGAGCCCAGAGCAGGUGUCUGUGGCCAAUAUCUGCUGCAGAUGCAGGGCCCAGAGCUCUCCAGUGUUGAUUGACCUGCACCUACCACCUGCUUUUCCUCUGCUGGAGGCAGAGGGGUGUGUGUGAAAAGGGCUGUCCAGACAGACAAAACCAAUCCUUUACUGCAAUCAAGGUUUUCCCAACAUUUCAACAAUGUGACCAAUCAAAACCCCAAAGACUAAAAUGUUUUAGCUGGUCCCUCUCCCAUAGAUUUUAAUGAAACAAAUACCCACUUCUCCUCCUUACAAAAAGGAAAGAAGUACCAUACUUUCCUCCCCUAGCUUUUGAAAACUAUUCUGGGAAGAUUUUUUUUAAUGUAAGGCUUUUAAUGGAAAAAAAAUCCCCUUCCAUCUCCCUCCCUUUCCCUCACAUCCUCAUAAAAUUACAAAUUCCAUGUCCCUUUCCAGUCAGGACUGCUUCAUGCUGACCAGCCACUGAAUCACAAAGACUGUUCCUAGGACUUGGCAGCUUUAAUCAGACUGUGCAGGGCCAGGAUAGAAAUUAUGUAGGAAGAGCCAGAUACUUGUAACUGAACGAUCAGCAAAGCCUGUUUGUUCUGCACAGGAAUCAGCCACAGACAGAGCAGUUUGUUUGUCCAUGGAGCCAGAGCUGUAUCAUUAUGGACAAGUGUCCAUUGUAAUGCACUGAUCCUGUCAAGGGCUCUGAUUCUUGUGGUUUUGGUCUCAUGUAUGUAAUGACACUUCAAUCCGUCACAAAACAAAUCUGCUUUUCAUAUUUGCCAAGCAAAAAACCAGGACAGAAACAGGACAAAGGAAAAAACCCUACCUGCUAACAUCCCCUGGGUGAGGAAAUCCUUCCAAAGUGGCAGACUCUUGCUUGUAAAAUGCAUGUGGAUUUCAGCUUCUAUUUUAGUGAUUUAAGGCACAGUCAGAACUGAUGGUUAUUUCUUUUUGAUUCUCUGAGUUCUUACUUCCAGGCCUGUACUUACCACUUGAGAUGUCCUUGUACCUGCUCAGAAUCUGCAAAUGUAAAUAGUAUGAAUGAAUGAUGCUCAGCACCACACAUACACAGCCUGUCACAGGGUCCAUUUCAAAUCCAUCUUUAGUGUACAUGUGUGCUCUGGAUUAUUUUUCUUCCUUUGCCAAAUAAACGUUGCCUUUAAAUAACACUGUUGCCUCUUGCACUGAAUCAGCCAGAAGGCUGCAUCCAUUAAAAGAAGAAACAGCUGUUUCUCUGGUCCCUGAGGCAACAUUACUUACACAAUCCUGUAUCCCUACAAGUCCAGCCAUGCAAGCAGACACUGCUCCCUACACAAAGUUCUAAGGCUCUUAUUCAGAACCCAGCUGAUUCACUCUCAAGGCUUCUGGUCAAGAUCCUGUUGUUGGUGUAGCUCACUGUGACAGAUCUUCAUCUCCUUAAGACUCUUCCAGACCACACCUCUCCACAGCUACACUCCCUGUUUAAGUCAGCCAUCCUAGACUCAAAACAAAAAAAGGCUUACUCUGAAAUAGAUGCAACAAACUUGUCCAAAGCAAUUCCAAUAACAUGUGCCCUUGAUCACCUACCUUUGGUUGCCUUCUUUUUAAAAAUAUUACAGAUGUUCUGUACCUUUUGGCAGCUAAAUUGUCAUGCAUCUGGCAAAAGGCUUUUUAUUUUUCCCUUUCAACUUUUCAGCCACCCAGUACAGGAUUUCACACUUGCUGGCUAGAAAGUAAGAAAAGAACCUUACUCUUUACUUCAUUUCCCUCAUAAUGCACUAUUUUCCCCUGAACACAAAAGGUAAAUUUGCUCUCAGUGCACAGAAAAAUACAUUUAAAGGUGGUUUGUUUUUUUUAAUGGAAAAUAAGGAAUGGAAUUUACAAAAUAAGUUAAGAGCAGUUUUGUCUUUACACCUGUAUUAGGCCACAGGUUUGUCUCCCAAAGAAAGACUUCACCUCUGCACUAUAUGGAUUUAGAAAUGGUAAUUAAACAAUCUUUUCAAUGAAGCACAAUAAUCUACUACGUUCAACAGUGGUACCUCCAGUGAUAUCACUGGGAAAAUCUAAUUUAAAACACACACGAAAGAAAAAUGAUUAAAUAAUCCCACAAUGUCACUCUGAAACUUGAAGGAUCUAUAAUCCAGUGUAUUAGCAUGCUCAGAGACAGGCCUCUCCCUCCCUGAUUUAAGAGAGGCAUAUUAGAGCAGCAGGUUAGCCCACACUGGAAAUGGCUUCCUGAGGAUGGAGCACUCCAACACUUCCCUGAUAUCAACCCUGAAAGAGGAGAAUACUCCCCAUCAGCAGCCAGGUUUGCUGCAGGGGCUGCUGAAUGCCACAACAAUAAUGUGUCACCAUGGGGUCACCAGGCAGCACAACAGUGACUUCCCACACAGCAGCUGGACAGAAGCAAAUGUUCAGCACCUGCAGAAUCACCACAGAAUCAUGGAACAGUCUGGGCUGGAAAAGAACCUUUAAAGACCACCUAGCCCAACCCCCUGCCAUGAGCAGGGACAUCUUCACCUAGAGCUGGCUGCUGAGAGCUCUUCCAGCCUGACCCUGAAUGUUGCCAGGGAUGGGGCAUCUUCCACCUCUGGGCUACCUGUUCCAGUGGUUCACCACACCCAUUGUAAAAAACUUCUUCUUUACACUUUGUCUAAAUCUUCCCUCCUUUAGUUUAAAGCCAUUACUCUGUCCUACUGCAAGAGGCCCUGCCAAAAGAAGGUUGUCCCCAACUUUCUUAUAAACCUAUGAAGUUCUGCUACAUAACCCUGCCUACACAGCUUGCAGUGGUUUUGGCUGCCUUUUAGCCAUAUAUCAGCUCUCUACAGCAGUACAGCAACUCUCCAGGCCUCCACACGAGCACAUUUCAUUGUCCAGGCCACACCUGACCAAAUCAGGGUCAUUUACCAAGGAGG